CGGGAUGCGGGAACACCGCAAACCCCGGAGCCGUCCUCCCCCUCGCGCCAGCCGGUGGAAGGCGCUGACGGCGGAGGCUCGGAGUGGCCAGAGCGGUGGGCUGGGCUGAGUCUCCUCCCUCCGGCCGCAGCAGGCCCCCCUAGUGUCACCGCCUAGUGGCCUCCAUGGCCCCUCCGCAGCUCUUCCGGGCGCUGGUGUCGGCGCAGUGGGUGGCCGAGGCGCUGCGGGCCCCACGCCCGGGGCCUCGCCUGCAGCUGCUGGACGCCUCCUGGUACCUGCCCGCGCUGGGCCGCGACGCGUGCCGCGAGUUCGAGGACCGCCACAUCCCGGGCGCUGCAUUCUUCGACAUCGACCAGUGUAGCGACCGCUCGUCGCCCUACGACCACAUGCUGCCGGGCGCCGCGGACUUCUCCCGGUACGUGGGCAGCCUGGGGGUGGGCGCCGACACCCACGUGGUGGUCUACGACGCCAGCGACCAGGGCCUGUACGCGGCGCCGCGCGUCUGGUGGAUGUUCCGCGUGUUCGGCCACCGCGCAGUGUCGUUGCUGGACGGCGGCCUCCGCCACUGGCUGCGCCUGGGGCUGCCCCUGGGCUCGGGUCCAAGCAGUCCGCCACCCGCCCAGUUCUCGGCCACGCUGGACCCCGCCUUCGUCAAGACGCACGAAGACAUCAGAGACAACAUCCGAGCCCCCCGCUUCCAGCUGGUGGAUGCGCGGGCUGCCGGCCGCUUCCGGGGCCUAGACCCCGAACCCAGAGAAGGUGUGGAGCCCGGACACAUCCCUGGCUCUGUGAAUAUCCCGUUCACUGACUUCCUGACGGAGGAGGGCAUGGAGAAGAGCCCUGAGGACAUUCGCAGCCUGUUCCAGGACAAGAAGGUGGACCUGUCCCAGCCCCUGGUGGCCACGUGUGGCUCUGGUGUCACAGCUUGCCAUGUGGCCCUGGGAGCGUACCUCUGUGGGAAGCCCAACGUGGCUGUGUACGACGGCUCCUGGGUGGAGUGGUACAUGCGUGCCAAGCCAGGGGACAUCGUUUCUGAGGGCCAGGGCAAGUCCCAGUGAGGCUGGCCGCCCGAGGCCUGCCUGGUUUGGCCAGGAGAGUGUUUCCACACCCAGCUUGAGUGGUGGAUGGGGUGAUAUCUCAGAAGCCACACAUUGUGUUGAUUUGUGGACCCUCUGCGAUGGCUGGUUGGUGGGCAGAGGAGGAAGGGUGUUGCUUGUAUGUUGCUGAGCUGGGGACCACCUUCCUUCACAUUGAGAAAUAAAGUGCCUCAGUGUUAAA